AUGGCUGCUCCAAUUUCCACAGUCGCAGAGAGCAAGGAGCUCCGCGGUCUCAACCUCAUUGCUGCUCAUUCUCAUAUCAGGGGCCUUGGUGUUGAUUUCGACUCUUUACAGCCCCGAGGGUCCUCUCAGGGGCUUGUGGGCCAGGAGAAGGCCCGCAAGGCUGCCGCUGUGAUCCUACAGAUGGUGAAGGAGGGUAAAAUCGCAGGUCGCGCCGUCCUUAUCGCAGGACCUCCCAGCACAGGAAAAACUGCGAUCGCGAUGGGCAUGGCUCAAUCGCUAGGCUCUGAUGUGCCGUUCACCAUGCUUGCAUCUUCGGAAAUUUUCUCGAUGGAGAUGUCCAAGACCGAGGCUCUCACACAGGCCUUCCGAAAGUCAAUUGGUGUCCGCAUCAAGGAGGAGAGUGAGAUUAUUGAAGGCGAAGUCGUGGAAAUACAGAUAGACCGCAGCGUAACCGGAGGCAAUAAACAAGGAAAGCUCACGAUCAAGACUACCGACAUGGAAACGAUUUACGACAUGGGAACCAAGAUGAUCGAUUCAAUGACGAAGGAGCGAGUGAUGGCAGGCGAUGUCAUUUCCAUCGAUAAGUCCUCCGGCAAGAUCACCAAGCUCGGCCGAUCCUACGCUCGCUCCCGAGAUUAUGAUGCGAUGGGUGCGGACACCAAAUUUGUGCAGUGCCCCGAGGGAGAACUUCAGGUCCGCAAGGAGAUUGUCCAUACUGUUAGCCUGCAUGAGAUCGAUGUGAUCAACUCCCGGUCACAGGGAUUCUUGGCCCUGUUCUCUGGUGAUACUGGCGAAAUUCGUAGCGAGGUCCGCGACCAGAUCAACACAAAGGUGGCAGAGUGGAAGGAAGAAGGAAAAGCCGAGAUCAUCCCUGGUGUGCUUUUCAUCGAUGAAGUUCACAUGCUCGAUAUUGAGUGCUUCUCCUAUAUCAAUCGCGCCCUUGAGGCUGAAUUGGCCCCCAUUGUUAUCAUGGCCAGCAACCGUGGCCAGGCCAAGAUCCGUGGAACCAGCUAUACAUCUCCUCACGGCCUUCCCCUUGAUUUCCUCGAUCGAGUUGUCAUUGUGAGCACCUCGCCGUAUUCCGCAGACGAGAUCCGACAAAUCCUGGCUAUACGUGCACAAGAAGAGGAAAUUGACGUUUCCCCGGAUGCUCUUGCACUGCUGACCAAGAUUGGUCAAGAGUCAAACCUCCGUUAUGCGAGCAACAUCAUCACCACAUCUCAUCUUCUAAGCCAGAAGCGCAAGGCCAAGGAAGUUAGCAUCGACGAUGUGCAGCGCAGCUUCCGAUUGUUCUAUGACCCAGCUCGAAGUGUCAAGUUUGUCAAUCAAUACGAGCAGCGCUUCAUCGGUGACCAAGGCACUGUCUCUUUCUCUGCCACAACCAAUGGCGAUGCAAUGGAACUUUCAUAA